AUGGGUGUUGACCCUCUGUCUCCAAUUGCCCCUGUGCGCCUCAGGGCCCUCCUGCUGCCUAUUGGAAAGAUCAAGCGCUCACGCUUUCUGAAUUUUGCUGCCCGACUACAGGCCGAGAAUGUAGUUCGAUUAGGGGAUAUCAGCCCCGAUGCGCGGCCAAACAGAAAUAUGUUCUCGCCGCUGGCAUUUCCGACUGGCAUGAUCCUCUACGACCUUACAUUCUCCGUUCCCCCUACGUCGCACCUCGAACUAUUUCCCUUUGAGAUUUACAGAGAGCCAUUGGUGGUUAUUGCCAUAGCAGAUGGAACAGAACUGCCAGCAAGUACAGGAGGUAACAGCCAAAAGCACCCAACUCCAGAAGGUCUCGAUCAGCUGUUGGAGGAGCUCGGUGGGCUGAAAGAGAGGAACCCUCGGGCAUUGGUGAACCAGCUCUUGGUAUUCGACCAUGAAGGUAUGGACAAGGUCAUGAACGGGCCCGAUAAUGUUCUUUGGGUUCCGCCGCCUCAGGCCUGCAAAGCCACCACAAUGAAGACCGUUCUGUGUGAUAUCACCUCGGUCUUGCUCUCCGAAUUGGAUGAGUUUGCAAAGACCAUUCAAAACAUCCCGUCAAUCGAUUCGCCAAAGGCAUCCUCUUGGGGUCCACACCGGAACCCGGAGCUACGACCACGCCCAGUGGAUCGACUGCUAAAUACGUGGAGAAUGACUAUGCCUGCGCUUCCCUCUAAUUCCAACGGGACACCCGAUACUCCAUUGAGCUCAAAUGCCAGCUCGCCAGCUCCUAGCGAUCAUGAGACUCCUACGACAUUUGACGAGAUCACGCGAUCAAUUCACCUAUCAAGCCGCACAAACUCUGGCAGCAGGACUCCAUCAGUGGCAUCUCCGAAAGAGCACAGCCGUGACCGGAUGUCCGUCAGUGGAAUGAGUGCCACCGAUAGGACUAAGAACCGAAUUAAAGGCCGGGCCGGUGUAGUCAUUGGAACUCUUUUCCUGCAGGCAGGAAGGUGGCCAGACGCUCUAAAGGAAUUGACAGAAGCCGUGAACAAUGCCCGAGCGGGAAGCGACUAUGUCUGGCAUGCCAAAGCGCUUGAAUCAAUCCUGCUUUGCCUGCUGAUGUUUGGCUGGGCGGGUAUGGACUUCCAAAUUCCAUCGGUUCUUUAUCCAGUUGCCGAGAAGUCUUCUAAAUCUUCCCGUGAUUCGACUACACCCAGUAGUGCUGGAAACCGGGUCAUCUCUUUGCAGAAUCUAGCCAACCUCCUACCAGAUCUCGCGCACAACAUCCUAAAUCUUUACAACCGUGCUGCCAAUAUCACGGAUGAGCCUCUGCCACAGCUUGUGUUCUCAGAAACAGUCAUACGAUUAUCACGGCUGUUGGUGUCAGCUCGCGUUCGUGACGGGGCUUUAGAUGACAAUGCCUUGAAGCACAUUGUGAUGAACGAGCCCUUGACUCCAUUGUUCCACUCCGAACUUCCUCGAGGAACCGUUAUUCUCCGAAAAUCUGAAAUUGCGAACUUUUUAUAUCGGGCAUUGCCACUUUCCCCUGGCGCGGAUUUGCCCGCGACAGACGCAGUGCCUAUCAUAGUUGGUGUCGUAUCCGUGCUUAAUCUUCUUGAUCUGCCGAGAAAGAAGGCAUUCAUCAUGCGCGAACUUCUUUCCGUCAUGGUACCAAGCUUGGUUCAAGCACGCAAAAUUGGUGCUGCCGAGGUCGGAAUUCAUCCUGCUGCUGGACUGGCAUCUCUCAGCGAUGCCGCCUUUGAUGUCAAUGCCCUCGAUACGGGCUCUGGGAACAUGGAAACAAGUGUGCGCCUUCUUCUUGCCACGAUUGGAGAGAUAUAUGGCGUUCAGCCCUCGUCGUUUUAUGAAUGGGAGAAGAGGUCAAGCCAAUCAUCUGCCAUCGGCGGUCUGCAAGAAGGCUCUGAGUAUGACUCAGUCUCCAGCAUUGCUGAAAGGGCAUUCCGACAUGUCGUGUUAGAUCGAUACGGCGAUCUAAACUUGAAGAUCGAUGUUCUCAAGGCUUGCAUCAACUGUUGCGAAGCUCUUCCAGAUUUCAAUGGCGUGCUUCGCUUCACGGUCGAGCUGUUGCAGACCAUCCGAGGUGAUAUGAUGCUAGGAGAGACUUAUAAAUCCCAGCCCUAUCUACCUCAAGACGAACAAAUUCGUCUUCUCAACAAUAUCAAGCGUACUGUGGGUGCCGGUACCAGGUUAGGCGCCGCUGAUAUGGUUGCAGAGUACUGGGACGAUUUCUUAGUCCGUGAUGUCCAGUUUUUGCCACUUCCAGAUCCUAAGCGACCUGUUCGUCGGAACAAGACAGAACUGAACGCUGUUAAUCCAGGCACCGAGAAGUCAAAAAAGGACCCAUUCCUAUACAAUGCCUUCGCCAAGGUCAGUAGCAAGGCACUGGAAUUGCUCACAGUCACCGAUGAGUCUGCCUCGUUCCAAGUGACACUUCAAAAUCCGUAUGAAUUUGAGCUUGAGAUUGAACACUUGCGCUUAGAGAGCAGCGGUGUCUCUUUCGAUGCUGUGGCAGAAAACAUCACCCUUGCUCCUUUGUCUCUUCAAGAUGUUAUCGUCCUCGGUGUCGCUCACGAGCCAGGCAGCCUUAACAUCACUGGCUGUAUCGUGAAGGUGCGACAUUGUCGUAUGCGCAGGUUCCCCAUCUUCAAGACAUUUUGGAGACCUGAUCCUGACGUUAAGUUCAAGCGAACAGGAUUGGGGGCUAAAAAGCCACUGACAGAACGACCGCUUUCCUGGAGUUCGACAACAUCAAAGGAUGGAAAGGUAGACAUCAAAAAGGGCCCCGAGACGGCGACAUGUGAAGUCAAAGUGAUUGGAAAACAGCCAUCGCUUGUCAUUGAAUGCAUGUCAUUGUCACAGUCGGCCCUGAUGGUGCUGGAAGGUGAAGUAAGAACAUUCACCAUCACACUCCAGAACGCAUCUUCGUGCCCUGUGGACUUUGUUCUUUUCACAUUCCAAGAUUCAACCACAAGGCAGCUUCAGUCCGCUCUCAGCAACAAAAACCUAUUGCCUGUUGAGAUUUACGAGCUUGAGUUGAAAUUAGCAAACAAGCCUGCCCUGCGGUGGCGCCGCGAGGGUCCAGACCCCAGCGACUGUUCGAUUGAAGCUAAUCAGAAGGCAACCUUUACUGUUGACGUCCUGGGCAAGCCUGGUUUGCAGGAUACGACUGUGCAAAUUGACUACUCCUGCGUCGGUGCAGCUCCUGGUGAAUUGCCAGAUGUAUUCUAUACCCGGCAGCUGUUCGUGCCCUUGACUGUCACGGUUAACGCCAGCGUGGAGGUCGCUCGGUGUGACAUCCUACCAUUUAGUGGUGACUUUGCCUGGAAAAAUCACAUUGAACCACCCAUUGACUCAGAGAAGCCGGAUACAUUACUUUCCACCACUGAUCAUGAUCCGUUCUCCCAGGUCCUGGCCCGUCUUGGUAACGGGGCCUAUGGGCCUGAUCACUGCGUUGUGUUGCUUGAUCUGCGUAAUGCAUGGCCAAGUCCUCUGUCUGUAUGGCUGCGUGUUAGCGAGCACUCCAUAAGCGACUCGCCAGAGGCUACCGACGACAACGCCAGUGGCAAGUACUCCGUGGGUGGAGAACUGCAACCCGGUCAAGUGUGUCGAUUCGUCUUGGUCCUGCCUCGCGUCUACCUUGACAACCCUUGUGCUCCCAUCCCCGUCGUCAACACCGGCACUCGGAGACAGUUUGUCGUGAGUGCCAACAAGCUCUCGUUCGAAGCCGAGGCUGCCUCGCGCGAAGCCUUCUGGUUCCGCGAGGAACUCCUCAAAAGAGUCCUCGGUGGUUGGAAGGAGCCCGCCACCGGACGCGAGGGAAGCAUCGACCUCCGAAACGUCCGACUGAACAACCGCAUGGUGGAAGCCAUGCGUCUUGAGGACAUCGAAAUGAUGUUCUCCUUGACCUCACCAUCCCCAUCCGAGACAACCCCAGGUGUAGAGCAAACCGGUCGCUCUCGCUUCCGCGUGAAGACCGACGAUCUCCUCACUCUCACCGUCACCGUCCGCAACCGCUCCUCUCGCGCCAUCCACCCCCUUCUCCGUCUCCAGCCCAGUCUCCGCCACCAACCAAACAACGUCGCAUUAGACCUCACCCGUCGCCUCGUCUGGACUGGUAUGCUGCAGCAGGCCCUCCCUGUCUUGCAAAGUGGCGAGUCCACCACCGCCUCCGUCGGUGUGACAGUUCUCUGUCGCGGAGAGUACGAGUUCGGCGCUAGCGUUGAAGAAGCCCGCCUUCUGCGUCCAUCCUUCGCCGACGAUGAUGCCCCUGCAGCUGAUGGUGAUGCCGCUCAUGGCCCUGACUCUGAUAGUAUCAAGGAUACCUUCGGGGCGGAUGUCGUGCGUCGCCGCCGCAUCUGGCAUGCAAACGAGCUCUGUAUCAUCCAUGCAACCGACUAA